AUGGCCACCGCGGCUUCUAACCCUUACCUACCCAGCAACAGCAUCCUGUCCGCCGGCUCCAUCGUGCACUCGGACUCGGGAGGAGGGGGCAUGCAGCCGGGCAGCGUCGCCGUCACCUCGGUCUCCGGCGGCUACCGGGGCGACCCCUCCGUCAAAAUGGUCCAAAGUGACUUCAUGCAGGGAGCAAUGGCUGCUAGCAACGGCGGCCAUAUGCUGAGCCAUGCCCACCAGUGGGUGACAGCCCUGCCUCAUGCAGCCGCCGCUGCCGCCGCCGCCGCAGCCGCCGCCGUGGAAGCCGGCUCGCCCUGGUCCACCAGCCCGGUGGGGAUGAGCGGCAGCCCCCAGCAGCAGCAGCAGCAGCAGCCCGAUGUGAAAGGCAACUCCGGCCGAGACGACCUGCACGGCGGCACGGCGCUGCACCACAGGCCACCCCACCUGGGUCCCCCACACCAGGGCCACCCGGGCGCUUGGGGAGCCACCACCGCCGCCCACCUCCCGUCCAUGGCCGGGGGACAGCAGCAGCAAUCGCUCAUCUAUUCCCAGCCGGGGGGGUUCACGGUGAACGGGAUGCUGAGCCCUCCCCCUGGCAGUCAGAGCUUAGUGCACCCGGGACUGGUGAGGGGAGACACGCCAGAGCUGGGGGAUCACCCCAGCCACCACCAUCACCACCACCACCAGCAUCAGCACCACCAGCAGCACCACGGCGGGGUCAACAGCCAUGACCCCCACUCGGAUGAGGACACGCCGACCUCGGAUGACCUGGAGCAGUUCGCCAAGCAGUUCAAGCAGCGGCGGAUAAAGCUGGGCUUCACGCAGGCAGAUGUGGGCUUGGCCCUGGGCACCCUGUACGGGAACGUCUUCUCCCAGACCACCAUCUGCAGGUUUGAGGCUCUGCAGCUCAGCUUCAAGAACAUGUGCAAGCUCAAGCCUUUGUUGAACAAGUGGCUGGAGGAAGCCGACUCCUCCACGGGCAGCCCCACUAGCAUCGACAAGAUCGCAGCCCAGGGCAGGAAGAGGAAGAAGCGGACCUCCAUCGAGGUGAGUGUCAAGGGGGCCUUGGAGAGUCACUUUCUGAAAUGCCCCAAGCCCUCCGCCCAGGAGAUUACGAACCUAGCGGACAGUCUGCAGCUGGAAAAGGAGGUGGUCAGGGUUUGGUUUUGCAAUCGGAGGCAAAAAGAGAAAAGGAUGACCCCCCCGGGGAUCCAGCAGCAGACCCCCGACGAUGUCUACUCCCAGGUCGGCAACGUGAACUCCGACACGCCGCCCCCACACCAUGGACUGCAAACAAGUGUGCAGUGA